AUGGGUGGCGGUCAAAGAUUCCAUCUGCCGUCUCUGAAACGAACAAAACCCAACGCUCCCCAGCAAGGCUGGCAGCCAGAAGGAAAUGAACAUAAAGUGCAGCAUCUACUUGGGAUCACUGAGACUGAUUUGAACACGGCGCGGAACCAGAGCAUAAGCUCUUCGGCUACUGCGAAGUUGCCGGCGUUGUCGUUUUCCGAUGCCACCACCGAGUUGGGUUCUUCUCAUCCUCCGACAGAGCAGCUGGAUGCAGGUGUAGACCUUCAUUUGAAGGCGUCUUCUGUAUUGCUGCACGAAGAGUUCCUGCUCAAGGCAGACGUUGCCGGCUCAACCGAUUCCAAGCGGCUCAAGACAUACGGCUCGUCCUCUACGAUUAACUCUUACUACGAUGCUUACCAGGCGCCGUUAGCCGUCUCGCAGCAGACUUCAGAAUCCUCCAGGCGGGACUUCGCUUUGCGAAAAGGUGCCCCGGUUGUUGUCAAGUCCAUGACCCCUGACAAGGACUCCCUGCGUCAAUUGAAACUUUUUCGUCUCACCAAAAGUGAGGAUAAGCCAGGAACGAAGAAGCCCACGAAACAGAGUCCUCAGCCUGGAGACCCUACUGUAACGAUGUUAUUCGGCGGCCAGCGUCCGGCGAGGCCCUCCGACCAGACUGGGACGACAAGGCUCUUACACCACAAUCAUCACUCCAAAACGCAGAAAGGGGUCCGCUUCCAAUCUCUCAAUGCAGAGAGAACGAAAUCGUCUGGUAUUUCCGCCUCUCGACAAGAAACUCCAUACGUGAAGGUGAAUAUCAGACGGCCAAAAGCGGGGGCGAAGCAUUGGUUCGAUGGACUGGAAGGUGACAGCAGCGAUGAUGAAAGUGUCCAUGAACCUGAGUUGCAGCCAAGCUUCGUUGCAGGAAUGGAAAUGGCUUUCGAAGGUGGCAGGAUUGGUCUGAUUCCAAAGGAGGGAGCUCGCAUCACGACCCAUACAUCUGAGACAUCUAGCCGAGGCACGAGCUCAAGAGCGCCAUCCAGCCAUUUGCUCCCUUCUUCCGCGGUACCGGCUCGCGUGUCAACCCUUAACGCCAAAUCAUCAAGGUCCACCCUUUCUCGAAGUGAAUCACAGCAAACCUUGUCAAAGCCGAAAGCCUCCUCUCUCGCCUCUACUGAUCUGCAUAAAACCAGCAUCCUCGACUUGUCGUCGUCGGAUGAUGAGCAGCCACAGCUCCCGGCACAAAGUAGAGAAUCUGUAAAAGCUCCCUUGCCACUGCUGCGCGACAGCAUAGCUGUUGAAUCAUUGGCAGAGUCAGAAAUCGAGAUUGGGACUGCCAAAGCAGUGAGUACGAAACACAAUGCAUCGGUGAAGGCAACGCCCAGUUUGCGGCGUGUUUAUGGCACUCAUCCUCGGCGUCCGUCAUCAUCAAUGUCGAAAACAUCCCACACGCGGCGGAACCAUCGGUCUACGUAUCUCAGCGAUAUAUCCUCAAAUCCUCCUCCUGAAGAUGACGACCUGCUCACUUCAUUUCCUGCCACCCCAUCAGACCAAGCAUCUUCGCACCGACCAUCUUUCCACGAAUCUUGUUUGUCCGACACUGCCAGCAUAGAGAGCAGGAGACUCAUGAGCGUCACCCGACAGGAAGAAUCUCUGUUGGCUGCAAUCCGUUCAAGAAAAGCAGCACUUGGUCAGUCAUCAGGCGGCGCAACGGACCGUCGGAUACAGCUUUUGAGAGACGUGGAGAAAAAGUCCACAAUGCAACAACGCCCGCCGCGGACCUCCGCGGCAGUGGAGGUCCAGUUGGCCUUUCAGGGGCGGACGCACAAACAGGCACAAUCUUUAAGUUCCGAUGCAAACUUCGAUCAGGCUUCUUGCACCACUUUCCAGACAGGAUUAUCCACCGAGCCCAGUGGACGAUAUUCACUCGCCAGCUUUCGCACUGGCACUUCUAUCGAGCCGGAGACAGAAAUAUCGUCCUCUCUAGCUACGUUUUCACCUGGGCUACUUGCGCCGUCGAAUAGGGGUGCCAAUAGAAUGAGCCGUUCGACUUUCUUUUCGACGUCAACCAACAGCUCGAGGGACAACUCGCGCAACCGACGGGAGAGCCACUACCUCGCCACAUUGGAGAAGCUGCAGGCGGCGCCAAAAAGAGAAGAGGUCUCUUCUCAAGACUUCAUUGAUUUUCCUUAUAAUGGAUGGAUGAAACUUGCGGCGACGGCGCAUUGA